AUGGGCGUUGAAAACAGCCAACCACGACAGAACCAAAUAAACCCAGCAACACCAUCAAGGUCAAUAGAACCUGGAAUAUUGGAAUCGGGACAAUCAUCGAUUGUGAUGGACAAAAAUACAACUCAUCUUACAAGUACAGCACCUGGCCCAAGAAAUCAGCCUAUAAUUGGGAUGGAAACAACACAAAAUCAGGUAUUACAUGUAAACCAUCGUAUUGUGAUAUCAAGCAAAGAGGCUGCUCAAUGUAGGCAAAGUAAAACUGACCAAUUAGAAGCACUGGAAAAAGAAAAACAAUCUAUCAGAGGAAAGGCAGGUGGUGUUGAUCAGCAAGUAACUGAUGAACAAAUGCUUUCUAACGAAGAUGUACCAAAAGAUUCAUAUAAAAUGCCAAUUAUUUGGUUAGAUAUGCAAGUUCACGAUAACCAAGAUAAUAUUGAAUUGCAAACAAAGUUAAAGCUAAUCACGAAUUUCUUUACACCGUUUAAUAAUGAUGAUGAAUGUGAAGAGUAUGUACGAAAUUUGGGCACAACUAAAGGAGUGAUUUUAAUCGUAGCUGGAAGCAUCGGCAGCAGUUUCAUUCCUCUUGUACAUGACUCAAUACAGAUUAAUGUUAUUUAUAUUUACUCUUUAGCACAGGAAUAUUACAAGAAGAAAUUCAGUAAAUACGAAAAGGUAUGCAUAUUUUUAUCUCACCAAUACUAG